CUCCCGUCGAACGCCAAGUCGAAAUGGGACGUGUCAUCCGCAACCAGCGUAAGAGCGGCGGCAUCUUCCGCGCGCACACGCACCACCGUGUUGCGCCGGCCAAGCUCCGCGCUCUCGACUUUGCCGAGAAGAACGGCUACAUCCGCGGCCUCGUCAAGGAGAUCGUCCACGACUCGGGCCGUGGCGCGCCCCUCGCCCGCGUCGUCUUCCGCGACCCGUACCGCUACAAGAUGCGCACCGAGACCUUCAUCGCCACCGAGGGCCUCUCGACCGGCGCCUUUGUCUUCUGCGGCAAGAAGGCGACCCUCGCCGUCGGCAACGUCCUCCCGCUCGCCCAGCUCCCCGAGGGUACCAUCGUCUGCAACGUCGAGGAGCAGGCCGGUGACCGCGGCGCGCUCGCCCGCACCUCGGGCAACUACGCGACCGUCAUCGGCCACGACGCCGACCAGGGCCGCACCCGCAUCCGCCUCCCGUCGGGCGCCAAGAAGUCGGUCUCGAGCCUCGCUCGCGCCACGAUUGGCAUCGUCGCCGGCGGUGGUCGCAUCGACAAGCCCAUGCUCAAGGCUGGUCGUGCCUUCCACGCCGCCAAGGCCAAGAAGAACAACUUCCCCAAGACCCGCGGUGUUGCCAUGAACCCGGUCGACCACCCGCACGGUGGUGGUAACCACCAGCACAUCGGUAAGGCGUCGACGAUCUCGCGCCAGGCCGUGUCCGGACAGAAGGCCGGUCUCAUUGCUGCCCGCCGCACUGGUCUCCUCCGCGGUUCGGUCAAGACCAAGGAGUAGACGACGCGCUCGACGAGAGAGUGUGGGACGCUCAGGGUGGGUGCCGUCGGGCGAGCUGCGGGGGCAAGGACGUCGUUUUGUGCUUGCGGUUCGCGCGGUUGCACUGCCAGGGCAAGUGUACGA